AUGGGCACGGACACGCCGCUGCUUGAGCGCCAGCAGAGGGGACACACCCCGCUCGGGCACGUCGUCCUGCUGCUCGUGAUUGUCCAAAUCACCUUUGCGGGCAACUCCGUCGUGGCCAAGGCGGCCUUGGACAAGAGCGUCGAUCCCAUUGUCUUCUCGUUCCUACGCGACGUUGGCGCGACGGUGAUCCUUCUCUGCGCCGCUCGGCUCGGCGGGCCUCGCUUCGCUGUCCCUCGCCGCGCCCAUUUCUGCUAUUUUGCACUCCUCGGCCUUCUCGGUGUGACUAUUGGGCAGAUGUUUCUCGUGAUCGCCCUCAAGUACACCACGCCGCUGAACGCGAUGGUGCUGCAGCCGUCGCAGCCAGUGCUCACAGUGCUCAUCGGCGCGCUCACUGGUUUGGAGCCUCUGCACGUGAGCCAAUGGCACGGCCAGCUCUCGAUCCUGGGUAUCGUCCUCGCGGCCGUCGGCGCCGCGCUUGCGCUGGCGUACGGCUCCGCAGCGCCGGGAGAGAACAGGGUUGGCCACCCGCCGCAGCAGCACAGCCUGCUCAUUGGGAACUGCCUACUCGGCACGCAGUGCCUCGCCGGCGCGCUCUACCAGCUGCUGCAGAAGCGCGUGCUCAGCCUCGACGGCGGCCGCUACCCUUCGCUGGCCGUCGCCUCUUGGGGCUAUGCGGCUGGCGCGGCAUUCACUGGUCCGGUGCUGCCGUUUGCGCGGCUGUCACGGGCGUCGUUUGCCCUCCCGCGCCUCGGCUGGCUCGCCCUCGCGUAUGCCGUGCUGCUCACGUCCGCCUUCAACUACGCGGCGCAGGCACAUCCUAGACACUUCCGAGACACUUCCGAGACACUUCCUGCUCACUCGACCUUCACCGCCGUCUUCGCCUUCGUCUUCCUCCACCAGCCGCCCACCGCCGCCGACCUCGCCGGCGGAGGCGUCAUCCUCGCGGGUCUCGCCGCCGUGACCGCCGCGCGCGCGGCGCGAGAGCGACGCACGGCCGCCGAGCCCGUCGCGCUCACAGCCGGAGGCGACCAAACGCCGCCGGGCGAAGCCGCCGCGAGUCGACCCCUGGCCACCCCAGGCGGCUGUGCGGCGGCGGCGGCGCUGCCGCCGGCGUGCUGUCUCGCGCCCAGCUGUGCGCCCGAGGCGCUCCGGGCCGCCAUCCAGUCCGAGGGCGCCGUGGCCAUACGCGGUUUCCUCUCGCCGAGUGCGACAGCAGAGGCGCGAGCGGAGGCUGAGCGGGUGGUGGCUGCGAUCCCCCGCCUCGUCGCGUCGGGCGCGGCGGUGACGGCGUGGCUUGCGCUCGACCCCGCGGACGAGGACAACGGCUGCCUGCGCUACGUGCGCGGCUCGGCCGCCGGCGGCGUGCGAGCGCACCACUAUAGCGGCGUGAUCGGCUUCUCGCAGACGCUGGACGCUGCCGCGGACGCCGCCGACGCCCAGAACGAGUUUGCGCUGCCCGCGGCGCCGGGCGACCUGCUGCUCCACACGGCGACGAUGGUGCACCGCGCCGACGCGAAUCUCUCUGAGCAGCGGCCGCGACGCGCCAUCGGCGCCAUCUUCUACGGCGCGUCCGCGCGCAUCGACGCGGCGUAUGCCGCCAAGCAGGCGGACAUCCACAGGCGCGCGCGCACUUUGCCGGGGCAGCAGGGCAGCGUUGCUCUUGCUGCCGACCCGUGA